CCUGCAUAUGAAGGGAACACUAUCAGACAGCACAGCGUCCUCUACCUUGGGGUACGCUGAGAACCCAGUUGGGGCGUACCACACCAUCAAACGCUUUGCGGUAACAUGGAAGAAAUUAUUCGAAAAAUUGUCGAAGUUGAAACCUGCAUACGAUGUUGAAAUUCAGGAGUUAUCCAAAAGUACCUUAAGUUUGGGUUUCCAGCGCGUUUGGCCACAAGAUGCUGAUCUAGAAGGCGCCGCAGUGGCUUUACUACGGUUACAGCAGAUGUAUAAAUUACCAGUCAAAGAGUUCGCCCAGGGAAACGUAUCGGGUGUGAGAACGUCGGAACUAGGGGCCGCAGACUGUUUUUAUAUUGGUCAAAUUGCGUUCCAUUCUGAUGAUAAUUUGCCUCUAGCAGUUAACUGGAUCGAGGAAUCUUUGAAAAUCCAAGAAUCAAAGGGAGAGCCUCUUUGGGAGCACCUACAGUCGGCGUAUACCAUUUUGGCUGAGGCUUAUGAAGAGCUUGGGAACACGAAGGUCGCCGCUGAGUAUGCCCAUAAAGCCUCUAAAAAUGCCGACAAAGAAUACAAAAAAGAAAACGCGGGUUUUCUUACAAGAGAUGGAUAUCUGACAGAACUACCGGUUCCAUUGACGCAAGGGUUCACGUCUAAUGCUGGAAUGUAUGAGCGUCUGUGUCGCGGCGAAAACGUGCAGGAUCCAAAGAUCGAAGCCCGACUCUUCUGUCAGUACAAGAAAACCCUGGUUCCUAUUCGACCAGUAAAAGAGGAAGUUCUGUACCUGGACCCCAGGGUUAGCAUCUUCUAUGACGUCAUCACGGAUAAAGAGGCAGACAUCCUUAUGGAAUUGGCCAAACCACUGGUAUUUCUUAUCUUUUGUUUGACACUGAUAAGUUUUUUUUAUUAUUUUCUGAUUAUCACAAUGGUGUCUUCGCAGCUGUCGCGUUCUAUGGUGGGAGAACCAUCCAUCAAGGCCAAGUCCGAGCAAAGGAUAAGCAAGUUAGCUUGGCUGUUUGACUGGCAUCUGGAUAAGACGGUGCGCCAUUUAAGUAAAAGAGUUGAAGAAAUAACCGGCCUGAGUACAGUUUACAGAGAACGCUCGGCAGAUGCGGAGGCGUGGCAGGUUCUUAACUAUGGCAUCGGGGGUAUGUACGAACCACACCACGACUUCUUUGGGGACGAUGAAAUGUUGAAGAACCUUCCGACACAUCUCCAGGAUACUGGGCGCAGGAUUGCCACCUGGCUCACAUACUUGACCAGUGCCCAGUCCGGCGGACACACCGUGUUUCCAGUGAUCAAGGUCCGCGUUCCAACUGUCAAGAACGCUGCCGCAUUCUGGUACAAUUUGAAGAGAAACGGAGAAGUUGACCACAGAACCGAGCACGCGGGUUGUCCGGUACUUCUGGGACAAAAAUGGAUCUCAAACAAAUGGAUCCGUGAAAGAGGGCAGUUAUUUCGCAGACGAUGCGGGUUAACUCCCGAUGCUUUAGACGAGUGAUGGUCACGUGACGCAGUUGGUGUGGUCUAUGGCUAAUAGACCUUUCUAUAUAUGAAGACACCCAUGUGAUGUAGUUUGGUGUAGUCUAUGGCUACAGACCUUUCUAGAUAUGAAGACACCCAUUUGAUGUAGUUGGUGUAGUCUAUGACUAAAGACCUUUCUGUAUAUAAAGACACCCAUAUGAUGUAGUUUGGUGUAGGCUUUAGCUAUAGAGCUCUCUAAAUAUGCAGGAACCCAUGUGAUGUAGUUGCUGUAGUUUAUGGCUAUAGACCUCUCUCGAUACUUGGACAUAUGUCCAAGCUCGAUAUGAAGAAGACACCCAUGUGAUAUAGUUGGUGUAGUCUAUGGCAUGCGUGUAACGAAUAAAUUAACGGUUCAAAUGUACAUUUUUAAAAAGCUGUCUGGGUAGGAGAGUCGAAACCAUCAUUAUUU